AUGGAAAGCGGGGAUCUAGGAAAUGGGGAAGCAGAAUCAACGCUGGAAACGAUGCAGCCACAAGGCAAAAAAGGAAAGGAUGCAGGCGACAUAGAUCCUGGGGUGCAGGAUAGGAAAAUAGAACCGAAAACGAUGGGGGAAAAAAUAGGAGGUUUAAAAUGGGACCGGGUUGAAUUUAAAAAAUACAAAUCCAAAAAGAUUCUGUCCGUAUGUUCGAAGGAGGGUGAAGACAGGAUUGUGCAUCAUAUUUCUGUAUAUUUCCAGGAUUAA